AUGUGGAACAAUGCUGGAAAUAGCUUGAUCGUUCCAGCAGAAUUAGCUGUCAAUGCGGUCCCCAACGCAGCUCCGUUGUUUACCGUGGUUCCUGGAGCUGGAGGAGUUGGAAAAGUCAAUUCCCUUAUGAUCAGUGGUAAUCAAUGGAAUAUGUUAUUCACAUGUCCUGAACUUCUGAGUCCUUCAAGAAGAUUCAAGAUUCAAACUUUAGAACUUCGGAUCUUAAUGUUUGUCGUUCUUCCAAUGAACAACAGAGAACGCUUUUAUGAACCAAUAAGCAAUGGAUUUAAACAUGUUUUUGUUGGUAAUAAAUUUACUAACGCCAACGCUUACAAUGGAUUUCACAACUGGUACCAGUUCCUUCUUGAGCAAAGAAGAAACCCAACCCAGACGACGAAUAUCGCUUUUAAUCAGCUUGCUUUCACUGGAAACAGACUGCCAUACUUUUUGCGUAACCUCUCAUUCAGAUGGAGAGGGGCGACUAAAGCACCACCAGGCGCCAGCAGCAGCAUGUUCGUAGGAACCAGUCCAGCAUUUGAUUUGGCCAUGUUUACUGCUUGUGUCUUAAGAGGACGUGCACCCGGCGGAGGAGUCAUCGGAGGAAACGGCAAACGAGUUACAGACUGUGAGUGCAACAUUCUCGUGCCGGGAGGGCUACCGCAGAGCCUGGUGCGAUUUAGGACUGUCGAGGACCCACAGUAUGAGCAGGUCGUCACCGCCUAUCCAAGAAGUGUACAAUAG